UGUCAUACGUCUUCGCCUUCAGUCAAGAAAAUCUACUUAGGGCUCCCCAGUUGUGAGGACAAUAUCUCUUUAUUAGCCAGAGGACUUAUGGCAUAAAGCAGCAUGCUCACUUCUCUCCGUAUGAAGGUGAUCACACAUUCUCAGCAACGCUGCUGCAUCUGCUGGACAGCAACAGGUAGUGACGUAGGAAGUGAUGAUGUUAUAGCAGGGAAUGUGAGCAAGUACACUGUCCUCCCAGCUGGUUACUGUGGACAGCCUAAAAAAGGACAUCUUACAUUUGAUGCCUGUUUUGAAAGUGGUAACCUUGGACGGGUGGACCACAUCACAGAGUUUGAGUAUGACCUGUUUAUUAGACCUGACACCUGUAACCCACGCUUUCGAGUUUGGUUCAACUUCACUGUUGAAAAUGUGAAAGAAUCCCAGGUAAUGUAUUACACUGGCAUGUGGAUUCUCAUAGCAGGUUGGCUUCCUUACACCUCUGCACACUUGACUGCAAGAUUGUUUCGUACUUGGGAGUAAUGCAGAAAGUUGAAUGCUUCUUGUAUUGCAUUUUUUUUUGUACGCCCAUAUUCUGAUCUUCUGUGAACUCUGUGGGCAGAACUAAUCCAAACAUAAGAAGACUACAGGGUAUUGUGAGAUUCGUGGUACGACAAGCUUGCCCCUGAAAACUUGAAACAUACUGACACUGAGUACCUCUAGUGUUAGACUUAGAAUUGCCUUAACAGCUAGAUUAAACAGACUAUCCUUCUGGGCAGCCAUGUGGAAUGGCAAUUCCACGUGUUUGGAAUCGCUAGGAUCCAACCGCAAUAGCUGUUCACUGUGGGCCCUCUCUUCCCUUUGGCUGCAGAAGAGCCGAACAAAGUUGGGUGAAGCAGAGGUUAAAACAGUUACCUACCUAUGUAGAUGGUUAUUUUACUUGAAUUCUAGUUGCUUUUUUAUCACAAAACUAAUUUGAGCAAUAUAUAAUUUAUUUCAUUCAUUUAAAGCCUGCUCAUUAUAAAAAUCUGUCUAUAACAAGAGAUUGUGUAUAUGCAGGAAGAGAAUUUAUUUUUGCCAGGAAUUUCUCAUGCAUGAAUACAAAUGAAUAUUCUAAAUGUAAAUGUUUGGUUAGAUUAUUUUUCAGAGACACAUAUUGAUUUCUGUUGUCACCCUUCAGUGAAAUUUAGUGUAGAUUACUAGGAAAUCCCUUCCUAAUGCAUACUGCAAAAAAAGUAAAAUAUGAUUUCCUUGACAGUCAUGACAGUCAGUGAAAAGACACAGAGUGAAUGUUAAAAAAAUUAACAGUAUUUACUCUAUCUUCACCAAUAUAAGAGUCAAAAUUUAGCUUUUAGAAAAUAACUCAUUUGAUGCUUAUGAUAUAGGGGUCCAUAUUGUGCUUGAUGUAAAAAGUAUGUUUUCAAAUUCAUAGCUGAGCAUAGAACAAAGCUUUGCACUUCCUGAUUUUUCUUUGUCUUUCUAAAUGUAGAGUUGUGGCUCUUUCACUGUGUCAAGUGCUGUGUAAUAUUGCAACUCAUACUUUUCUAACAUGCUAGUAGUAUGGAUGUUGUGGUGAGCUGUAUAUAAUGGCAGAGUUUGAUCCUAAAAUAUAUGCCAUGUAGCUUUCUAAUAAUACUGAAAUACAUGAAUCGUUGAAUAUUAUAGUGAGUUUGAUAAUUGUGGAUUAUACUAAUUUUAAGCUAUAGCUGUUAAACAAAAUUUUGUUCUACAAGUACGAUACUAUUUCCAUAAAAAUAGUUUCUCUUCCGUGUUAUUUAGAAGAGACAGAAUGUAUUUUGAUA